AUGUCGUGGCUGCUGAGCGCCGCCUGCCUCCUGCUGUGCUGCCCUGCCCUGCUGCAGGGCAAAGCCUCGGAGUACCAGUUGGAGACGGAGACACUGAGUCGAUGUGAGCUGCUGAGAGGUGAGACGGUUGCUAAGCGACAGGGCGACGCCCCUCACUGCACAGAGGACGGGCGCUUCAGGCCUGUACAGUGCAGUGGACAGGGCCAGGAGUGUUGGUGUGUAGACGCUGAAGGUCAGGAGAUCAUCGGGACUCGAACCAACAGCCCAGUUAUUCACUGUGCGACUCCCUGCCAGCAGCAGGCGCUGCUGCGGUGUUCACCUUCUGGCCUCUUUGAGUCUGUUCAGUGUGACGCCAGCAGGGGGCAGUGUUGGUGUGUGGACCAGGACGGGAUGGAGCUUUACGGAACGCGACAGAACGGUAGACCCCAGCGAUGCCCGGGCAGCUGUGAGGUGAGGUCACGGCGUCUUCUGCAUGGCUCCGCCCCUUCGUCGCCUCCUCAGUGUACGGAAGACGGUGACUUCCUGCCUGUUCAGUGUCGCUUCAUCAACACCACUGACAGGACGGAGCUGGACCUGCUGCAUGCCUUCAACAGGUUCCCAGAAGCUUUUGAGACGUUCAGUAACUUCCAGAAGUUUUUUCCGAUGGUUUCCUCCUACUGCUUCUGUUCAGACAGUCGAGGGCGAGAGCUGGAAAACACAGGUGUGGAGCUGCUCCUGUCUCAUGUGUACGACUCAGCCUUUACUGGCCUCCCGUCCGGGCGCUCCGUCUCUCAGACCAACGUGUACCGAGUCCUGCAGAGGAGGAUGCUGGGAGUUCGUCUAGCUCUCACCGGACACUUCAGAUGCCCCUCCCCUUGUGAGGAGGAGCGCCGUGCAGCCCUGGAGGCGUCCAGCGUCUUCGUCCCGUCCUGUGAGGCUGGAGGAGCCUACAGUUCCCGUCAGUGCCAGCAGGAGGCGCUGUGCUGGUGUGUGGACUCCACUGGGACUGAGAUUCCCGGGACGAGGCGGCAGGGAGACGCUCCUGUCUGCGGUUCGGGACCUGCUGACUGCGUCUCUCGGCGUCGUCUGGCUCUGUCCCGCCUCCUCUCCGGUCCCGUGGAGCCUCCUCCCUCUCAGUCCUCCUCGGGCAGCUCCCCCUGCCUCUCCCUCCUCCGGCCGCUCGGGGACCUCCUCCCGGCGGAGGCGGACGCCGCCUCCUUCCUGUCCCAGCUGGUGGAGGUGCUGCACGGCCUCUUCCCGUCUGUGGGGGGCGCUCUGCACGCCCUGGCCUCCUCCUCGCCGCGGCGCCUGCAGGAGAACCUGUUUGGAGGGCGGUUCCUGCAGCAGCUGGCGGCCUCUAACGUGAGCGCGGCGCUGGGUUCUGAAGGAGCCGUGACUGCGGAGCAGUUCUCCGCUCGGAGCAUCAGCACCAAGAACCAGAACCUGAUCCAGACUGUCAGCCGAGUCCUGCAGGACCAGAACUUCCUGUCUGCUCUGCAGCUCACCGUCCGAGGACUCAGCAGCUCCAGCUCACACACACUGCAGCAGGUCCUGACUCCUCUGCUGCGCUCCUGCUCCGAGGAGGACGGAGUGAGCGUCUUCAUCCCGAGCUGCACGCCCGCCGGCGGGUUCCAGGAGGUGCAGUGUGGAGGCGGGGCCUGCUGGUGCGUGGACCCCCGGGGUCAGGAGGUGGAGGGGUCUCGGACCGCCGGGCGGCGCCCUCGCUGUCCGAGCCGCUGUGAGGGGGAGCGAGCGGCGGCCCUGAGGGUCAGUUCUCAGCUCUCUGCCGGAGCUCAGAUCUACGUCCCCGCAUGCUCGGAGGCCGGAGACUUCCUGCCGCUGCAGUGCGUGGGCUCACGCUGCUUCUGCGUGGACGCAGAGGGAAGGACGAUGAUCGGAGGGCCAACGGGGGGCGCCAUCACAUGUCCGGAGAGAUCCACUCAGAAGCUUCCCACAUUUGCAGGCUGCUCGGCGGCGUUGGCUGAAGUCACUGAAUUCAGACAGGAGGCCAUGAGCAUCGUCGCCCUGUCUAACUCCUCCCACAUCCCUCUGGGAUAUGGAUUCCUAUUGGCUGGAGGUCUCCGUCUCACGCCUGAGGAGCUCCAGAUCGACCAAUCAGAGGCUGAGCAGCUGCAGGUCUCUGAUAGGCUGCUGAGCCGCUCCAGAGCUGCUCUACGACUGGCUGCGUUCUCCACUCUUCAGAUGCUUCUCCCUCCUCAGCGUCGGUCAUAUCAGCCAUUCACUCCACAGUGUGACGCUAAUGGCCGCUGGCUGCUCACACAGUGUUACCACAGCACAGGUCAGUGUUGGUGUGUUGAUGAAGAUGGAGAGUACGUCCCUGGAUCUUUGACUGGUCGCUCACUCAGGCUGCCCAAGUGUCUGACUCGCUGUGAGAGAGCUCAGGCUCACGCUCUGCUCUCUGAUUGGACGAAACGCUCUGAUCUCAGCAACACUGCCUCCACCUCCCAGUACCAACCCACCUGUGAACAGGAUGGUAGUUACUCGGUGCUGCAGACAGAAGGCGCUGCAGGAUGGUGUGUGAAUCCUCUAACAGGAGAGACGAUACAGGCGGCAACACCAAGCGCUGCUGGACUGCUUACAUGUCCCAGCUGGUGCCAGCUCCAGGGCCUCCAGUGCCGUCCUGACGGCUCCUUCGUCCCGCUGCAGUGCGACGUCGCCUCCUGCUGGUGCGUCUCGGAGGACGGACAGGAAGUGGACGGGACUCGUACUCCCCGACAGACAGACAGCGCGCCAUCAUGUGACCGCCCCCUCUGCCCCGCGCCCGCCAUUACCCAUGGUGCACUGCUGUGCCGCCCCGCCGCCGAUGGACGUCAGAGCUGUGACCUCGUGUGUCACCGUGGUUACCAGAACUCACUUCCUGUCAGCAGCUUCCGGUGUGAGACCAAAAGUCAGCAAUGGGGCGGAGACAGUAAACCUGUGGGCGGAGCCUGUCAGAUGUCUCAGCCUCUCCAGACCCUGUCCUCAUCUCAGACCUGGUCCCUGCCCUCAUCCUGCUCUCAGACCAGGACUCUCCAGUCUCUGUUGUUCAGCUUGAUGACCAGCAGGGGGCUCUGCUCUGCUCAGCUUCCCGUGUCGUCACGCUCCGUCUCGCUGUGCGACGACUCCUCCGUGAGUCUGAUCUGUGAUGCUGAGGGCUCGCUAAGGUUAAAGGUCACAUGGACCGUGACCCUGUCUGACAUACCGACCUCUGACCUCCCUGACCUGCACGACAUUGCACUUUUCCUGAACGAGUCCAGACUCCUGGAUCAAGUUCAGGGAAUUCUGGGUAAUGUCAGGUCCAAGCUAACGUCGGAUCCCAAGCUGGUUUCCAUGACAACAGCAGUGUUUGGCUGUUCAAACGGUUACCGCCUUGACACUGUCGGAGAAGGCUGCGUCGUUUGUCCGGCUGGAAGUUUCUCCAGAGAGGGGGCGUGUCUUCUGUGUCCUGAGGGAACCUAUCAGGAUGAAGAGGGGCGGGACUUCUGCAACAGGUGUCCCCGAGGCUCCUCCCCAUCCGGGGCGUCAUCUGUCAAUCAGUGUGUGACUCAGUGUGAGGGGCGGGGCCUGCGGUGUUCACAGUCAGGUGACUUCCUGCCGGCGCAGCACGACGCCUCGUCUGACAGGUGGAGGUGUGUCAGCAGCGACGGGGCGGAGCUAGAGUGGACCCUCAGAGAGCAGACACUGACUGAUGAAGAGUGUUCAGUUCUCCGGAGGUUCCAGAACGUUCCCCGAUCCGAGCUGAUUGUUGGAGCUGAUGAUGCUGAAGUUCUCCAGACUAUGACCUCUGACCUCUCAACAUGUGUGCAAGCAUGUGCAGCAGAGCCGUCCUGCCACCAUGCGGCGCUGUUCAACAGACAAACCCAGUGUGAACUGUACAGCACACACACACUGAACACACACUGCAAUGCUUCCCAGCAGACACGUGGGUUUCUGGGUAAUCCUCAAGCCGAGCUCUUUGAUUGGCUGAGCUGCUCUCUGAAGGUGAGGGGCGGGGCUUCCGACAUGCUGGUCAUCAGGAAGAAAGGGUUUGAGUUUUCCUCGCAGCGUUUUGUGAGGAUGAGGAUGAGGAAGGUGCUCUCAGGUGUGUUCAGGACUCAGGUGUUCUCGUCCUCUCGGACCUCCCUGGCCGACGCCCACCGCUCCUGUGAGGACGGCUGCAGCCGGGACGCCUGCUGCCACGGAUUCAUCCUCAACCAGAACGUCCUGAACGGAGGGUCCCUGUUCUGUGGUUGGCUGAGGGCUCCGUCAGUCCUGAUGUGUGGAGACCAGGACUGGGAUGUGACUGGACAGGGGACAGCCAGUCGGAUCUGCGGGGCGGGGCUUACCUACAACGAAGAGCAGCGCAACUUCCUGUUUGACUUUGGAGGAGAGACGUUCACCAUCACUGACUCUGCUCUGCCGGCUGACAGCAAGAACAAGAAGGACUACCAGGCGUCCAUCAUCAUCUUCCAGGCGGUCUAUCUGAACCCAGAUGCAGCCUCUUCUGCUGUUUCUGGUUCUCCGUCGUGUGCUGCAGCGAAACUGAGCCCUCCGCUGGACGGGUCGGUGCAGCUGAAGUUUCAGUCUCUGUCUGAGGACGACGUCCUGGUGGACCCUCAGAGGUCUCCCCCCUCCCUCUCCUUCUUACUGAACAAGAACAGCUUCAGCUCCCAGCAGGCACUGCGCUGGUGCCUCACACGUUGUGACGCAGAGCCUCAGUGCUUCGUGGCAGACCUCAGAGACGAUGCCUCAGCAGGCUUCUUCAGCUGCUCGCUGCAUCCCGACAGCAGGGUUUGUUCGGCGUACGACAAAACUCUGAGGCUGCCCUGCCACCGUGUGCUGGGCAGAGUGCCAAACAAUACCUACAGCAAGACGGUGGAUCUGUCUGGACCUGUGAAGAGUUUCUACCAGAGAGUUUCUUUCCAGAAGAUGGUUUCUUAUUCUGUUCGCAGCCUGGUCACCCUGACUGCAAACACACCGCUGUCCUCAGGAUUCAGGCAGUGCGAGCGGAUCUGUGAUCAGGACCCCUGUUGCCGUGGUUUCGGUUUUGUCCGUUACAAAGUCGACAAAUCAACAGGACGCUCAGACGUCAUGUGUCUGCCACUGAUCAGUCUGGGAGUUCAGACCUGCAGUGAAGAUGAUGUGACUUCCUGGAGGACUCAGGACUGCAGGAAGUCUGGGGUGAUAACCUCUCCGGACCCUUUCGGCUGGUACCAGAAACCAGUCAAUCAGUGGAGUUCGUCUCCAGCUCUCUGUCCUCCCUUCAGCCUCCCUCCGACCAAGAACAAUGUGUCUGCAGAUGAGUGGCGUCCGCUCGCUGCCUCGUCGGUUCUGGUGGACCCGUCUCUGACCACGUAUGAUGUCAUCCACGUGAGCCGAGACAUCGCCGCUAACCGGGACAGGACCAGGGACUGGUGUCUCCAUGCCUGUCAGGAGGCGGAGUCUUGUGUCGCCGUGUCGCUGCGGGAGGCGGAGUCGGCCACCCGCUGCGUUCUCUACCCAGACACCACGGUGUGCGGACUCCACUCCUCCAACCCCACUUCCUCCAAGAUCUCCUGCCGGCUGGUCGUCAGAGAGCCCGCCCCCCGAGUGUACAUGAGGACCGAGAGGUUGCCGUCGGUUACGUCGGUCUCCAUCCCGGGUCACGGCAUCCUCCGCGGCAUCGCCGUGGAAACGACCCUGGGACCCGACAGGAGACAGGUGGUGCAGUUCCUCGGCGUUCCGUACGCUCGUCCACCAACCGGAGCGCUCCGCUUCGAAGCCGCUCAGCCAGCUGACUGGACGGGAACCUGGGACGCCACCAAACCACGUGCCAGCUGUGUCCAGCCGGGGGAUUCCGAGUCUUCAGGCUCCUCUGAGGACUGCCUCUACCUCAACAUCUUCUCCCCUGCUGCGGUGAGGGGGCGUGUCCCAGUCCUCGUUUUCUUCUUCAACCCUUCAGCCAAUCAGGGGCAAGGACUGCUGGACGGCUCCGCCCUCGCUGCCAUGGGAAACAUCGUUGUGGUUACAGCGAGCUACCGGACAGCGGCGCUGGGAUUCCUGAGUACAGGCGGUCUCCGUGGUAACUACGGCCUGUCGGACCAGGAGGCGGUGCUUCGAUGGGUCCACGCCCACAUCUCCCUGGUGGGCGGAGACAACCAGAGGGUGACAGUUGGAGCGGAGCGUGGUGGGGCAGACAUCGCCAGCCUUCACCUCCUCUCCUCCUCCUCCUCCUCUUCUUCACCGAUGUUCCAGAGGAUGAUGCUGAUGGGUGGUUCUGUGUUCUCCCCAUCUGGACUCCAGACCGUCUCCACUUCCCAGCGCCAGGCGCUUGAUCUGGCCCGAGAGCUCGGCUGUGUGACCUCCGACCUCUCUCAGAUGGUCGCCUGCCUCAGAGCGAUGCCGGUUCACCGGCUCAACGCCGCGCAGACAAAGUUGCUGGCGGUCAGCGGUCCCUUCCUGUCCUGGUCUCCUGUCCCUCCGGCCGUUGCUCCUUCAUCGCUGCACCGAGUCGACCUCCUGCUGGGAACGUCGCAGCACGACGGCCUGAUCAGCCGCGCCCGCAGGAUAAAGGACUUCGAGGCGCUGCAGGGCCGAGCUGACGGGAAGACGGCGUUCUACGAGGCCCUGAGCCGCUCGCUGGGCGGAGCCUCAGACAGCGCUCUGCUGAAGGAGGCGGCGGCCUGGUUCUACUCUCUGGACCACAGCCCGUCAGCCGCGGGGUACAGCCUGUUCUCCAGAGCGCUGGAGAACGCCACCAGGGAUCUCUUCAUCAUUUGUCCCACACUGCAGAUGGCUAGCCACUGGGCUAACAGCAAAGCUAACGUCUUCCUGUUCCACCAGCCGGCCUCCAGCGCUCACAGCAGGGCGGAUGUUUCUGUUCCUCUGGACGUUCAGCUGGCGUUUGGGACUCCUCAUCAUCCAACCAGCUCCCAGCGUUUCACCUCGUCUGAGCGGCGCCUGUCCGUGGCCGUGAUGACCUACGUGUCCAGCUUCGUCCACAGCGGGAACCCCAACCCCUCGUACCUGUGGGCGGAGCCAGCUCUGCCGCGCUGGCAGCCCGUCCAGUCCUCCGAGGCCUCGCCCACCUACCUGGAGCUAAGCCCCGCCCUCCGCCUUCAGAAGGGUUUGAGACAGAAUGAAUGCUCCUUCUGGACUCAGCUGGGAACCAGGCUGACCCGAAAGACAGGUGAGCUGGGGGCGGAGCCUCUCCGAGCCGCGCUGACCCCUGAACUCCCACUGGCAGCUGCACCAGCCAGCCAAUCACAGAGCGAGAAAGACGCCUACAGUUAAACCAAUGACUUCGUCACCAUCAUCAUCAUCACACCACCACCACCAUCAUCUUCUUCAUCGUCCACUUCAGCUCCCAGAAUGCAGCUUGAUUCACUUUCUGUUAGGGAUAAUAAAAAG